AUGGCCGAUAUCGAGAUCCCCAGACCCGAGGAGCAGCAAGGUGUGCAGAAAAACACAGCCGAUCAUUUUAGUACUGGAGAACUUACAAUUCCUCCAGCUCCUAGAACUCCUCACCAGAAUGUCCGCACCAACGGCCGUGCCUUCAACUCUGCCAACUGGCGCAUGAAGGGCGAAGAAAGCCCUCAACCCCCCUCUCCCUCCCCGCGAACCAAUACCUCCCGCACCGCCUUUAGUCGUCCAGGAUCCCAUGUGCCCCAGGCUAUCUCCGAUGGCCGCCGUCUGUAUGUCGGCAACAUGCCCUAUACUGCCAAGUCCGAGGAUGUCGAGGCACUCUUCACAGCAUCCGAAUUCUCCAUCGAGCGCAUCGACAUUGCCAUUGACCCGUUCACCGGCCGGAACCCAUCGUACUGUUUCGUCGACCUGCACACAAAAGAACAGGCCGAGCGGGCUAUGAUUGACUUGGAUGGAAAGGAUAUGCUGGGCCGCCCGGUUAAGAUCAAGCCCGGUGUGGCUAAGUCGUCGGCCGAGCGUGCCAGUGAACAACAGCAGCGAUCCCCCAUUGCCAUGGAUCGAUGGCGUCGCUCGGAGACUGAGAGCUCACCCAGAGUCAGCUCGGAUUCCAGUCAACGCGUAUAUGUGGGUGGAUUGCCUCGUGUGGCCGAGCCCGAGGUUGCGGAGGCCCAGAUCAAGACUUUUUUCCAGGGAUACACCGUUGAGAAAGUGAGCAAGCUGUUCUCCCCCCACCCCGCGAAGCGAUUCGAGCCCGGCGAGCACUAUUAUCUGUUUGUCGAUCUCAGCAGUGUGGAAGAGGCCCAACGGGCCCUCAACACUCUGAAUGGCCAAGAAGGACCAUGGGGUGGCCCGAUCCGCGUGCAGCGGGCGCGGGGCAUUACCAAGCCAGAGGAGCGCAUUAGCCCUGAGGCUCUUUAA